AUGCAGCAAUUGUGGUGGCCGUUGUGCCUCUUUUUGGCAAUUAUCCAAACCGGCAGCAGCGCUAAGACCUCCUCUUGGCGCAAGGCGCCGCCGGCCGAUGCAGCGUCCUUGCUGCGACAGAAUAGUACGCAGCGUCUAUUCACGAUCAGGCAUCACCAGACCUGCGUGGGCACGUCCUACACCCAGGGCCCGGAAGCCAACUGCCACGGCUGGAGUGGCUUGACAGAGGAAGAGUGCGAAAUGAAGUGUGCUCAGAACGAGCAGGCGCCGAACUGUCCUCAGGAGUCCUGCCACGCUGCGGUCUUCACCCCUGUUAACGGCGGGUGCAAUUUGUACAAAACAUGCGCGCAGGUGGAGCCUUCCAUCGGCUCAGUCACACUGGUCGACCAGGAGAUGCUACGAGAAGAGCAGGAGAUGGAAGAGCAGAUGGCAGCGGAGCACGAGGAGCCCGGCAGGUUGCAUGAAGUCAUGACAGCCAUGCCGAUCGUUUUACUCAACUUGACGAACUUCUCCGGCAUCUUGCACAAUGUAGACGUGCCGAGCAGGGAUAUCUCUUACAGAGCCGGAAACAUCACCGCUGAUUUGGAGAUGUUGUAUGACAAGGUGCAGGGCUUUCUCCUCGCAUUGCACGAGCAUAUGAACCGGGAAGAUGCAGCGAAGUACUGCCCCUUCGAGACCGAGCGCGUGAUUCCAGCAUGCAUUGUCAUCGCGACUUGCCUUAUUCAAAAGGUUGUGCCCACCGAAAUCUCGAUGGACGCCUUUGCGUCCCUCAUGGAGCAGGUGCGGCGCUUCGAGGAUAUCACAUGGCCUCUGCUCAAGACAGCCUUGAUUGGCGAGCACGAGCCGGAUGUGCAGACGGAUUCGUAUGUGCCCGAAGCAUACAAGUGUGAUGGUGUUCAAGAAGCGGAUCCGCACUCGCUUGUCAGUCCAGCCUUUGUACAGAUCGAGGCGAAGGCGGCAGAGGGCUCAGAGCAUUCAGAGACCCUGGCGAUGUCAUCGGCCAUGCGACACGCCUCUGCGCACACACACCGCAUUCUGGAUGCGCAUCUUAUGAAUUCCUCCAUGCAGACGACAGCCAUGCAGUUGGAGAAGCUGUGGCAUCCGAUCUGCAAGAAGCUUCCUUGUGAUCCGACCAACAUGUACGACGUCUUCCUUGCGUGGCACAAGCAGAGCAUGGCCCUGUGCCAGACAUCCGCCGUCGGCCAUCUUCGCCUGGAGAUUCAUCAGCGCGUUAGGCUAGACAUGCGACUGCAGCGCUUUGUUUCUGAGCACUACUUCGAACAUGUCUCCUUCUUCAACGAAAAAGGGGUGCUGCACAGCUCGCGGGAGGCUGUGGUGAACUAUGGCAAGAGAGGACGCGAGGCUGUCAUUGGCCUGGUGAUCCCCUACAUGCAGAAGCUUGCAGACACCGAUGGGGAGAGAGCUGUGCGUUUGGUGGAUCACGUAGAGCUCAUCAAGUUUGCGCGGGACAUGGAGAAGCAGAAGGAGGGAAAGCUGCAGAUCAGGCGUGCGUCGCAGCAUGCAAUCGGGCAGAGCGGGGACGCCGAGGACUUUGAGGAAGAUGUGGACGAAGAAGUGAAGGAUGAAGAUGAAGAAGAGGUGAAGGGGCGCCCUGGUCCUCCCACAGAGGACGUGUCCCUUCUGUCGGAGAGCGUGAACCUCACCGAUGGCUUUGCCACUUCCCACUGGUGCACGAGGAACACGAUUGUGUUCUGGAACCACAAGCACCAGCACUACUUUCGUAUGUCCAACUGGCGAAUCGAGCGGGGACACAAGGGAUGGCAAAACAGCAUCCCCUACGGCUGGACAUGGGAGCGCUUCACCUGCGUUGAUCUCGGGGGUGGUAACUUCGCGUUUCACAACACCUUCCACAACCGCUUCAUGCGCAUGAACGGGGAUGGCUGGAUGGAUAGAAGCGACCCUUGCGACAAGAACAAGUUGCCUGACCACUGGGGUUGGGAGCGGUUCAAAAUGAAGGACAUGGGCAACGGACAUUGGGCCUUGUUCAGCACGGCGCACAACAAGUUUGUGAAGAUGGACAAGGGAGACGGUCUCGUUGCCAGCAGCUGGAGGCAAGGUGCCUGGGACAUUCCAGCCAGUUGGAAUUACGAGAAGUUCCAUAUUCAGAAGGCGUCCAGAGAGAUUGCUUCACCGAAGGCCUUCUGGUUUGUGGACAGAACGGUGGCCAUAUGGAAUCACAAGCACCAGCGCUACGUUCGACUGAGGAAAGGCAAGGUCGAGAAGGGUGGCGAAGGUUGGAGAGAUCCAUUUCCGAACUGGGGCUACGAGCGCUUCACGCCAGUGAUGGCCGGCCAUGGAGAAGUGGCCUUUUACAACGCCGAGAACCGCCGCUUCAUCCGCAUGAACAGCGACGGCUAUUUGGACGACAGUGACAAGAUGGACCAGUGGCAACUGCACGACGGGAUGACCUGGGAGCGGUUCAAGGUCGUGGAUAUGGGCGAGGGCCACAUUGCCUUGUACAGCUCGGCUCACAAGAAGUUCUGGAAGAUGAAUGGCUGGGAGGAUAACCUUGUGACCGGCCCUGAAAUGGACUAUUGGAAAGUGGACACGAAUUGGGGCAACGAAAAAUUCUUCCUUGUGGAAGUGGGCGAGAAGAAGAACUGCAACUUUUGGUGCAGGCUCCGGCGUGGCAUCGAGAAGGUAGUGAAAGCCGUUGCAGACUUUGUGGUAAAGCUCCUCUCAUGCUUCGGACAGUGGGUGUUCACGGAAUCCGUUGGCUACAGCAGAUCCAUCAGCACGCAUGCUGCCGUGAACUUUGGCGUGUCCGCUGGCGUCUCCACCCCCAGCAUCAAGUCGAUAAUCCAGCAAGCGACGUCUCCGGGCACGUCAGUUUCCUUGUGGGCAUCUUUGGGAGCAGGAGCAACGGCCGAGUGGCUUUGGUCAGGUCUCGGCGUGGCCCUCUACAUGAGCUGCGGCGGAGCGAUGGACGACAGCUCAGGGGGGUGCUACUUCGGUGUCUCGGUCGGAGCCAUCUUCUCGGCUUGGGCAAAGGCCUGGGGCGAGCCCAGGUGCCCAUUCGGGCCAACGCUCUUCGGUGCCUUCCAGUGUUCGAGAUCAGUCGGCGGCACCUUCCUCCUCAUCUGCUGCAGCUACAGCAUCUUGACUGGUGAGAACAGCUGUUCCUUUCAAAGCGUGCUGUGGCUGCCAAGGUGGUUCGCCCAGCACCCCCCUCCCCCACAGAUUCUGAACCUUGAGAAUCGGCCCUUCACGGAAUAUCCGGACAAGGGCUGCAAUGGAUGGAAAGAUGUCACGCAGGCGGAGUGUCAGCAGCAACUUGGCUCUUCGUCAUCUUCCUCUGAUGGCCUGCAGACGGUCUACUACCCUGCAAGCGGCCUCUGCCAUCUCUACGAGGCCGUUGAGUGCGUGGACCUGAUCCACACGCAGGGUGGGAUCACCAUGCUGGACGAGUCCGAGAUCCAGAAGUAUCGGAAGGACGAAGAGGAGGAGUCCGCAGUUGAAGAGGCGGAAGAUGCAGCAGAGCGAGCCCAUCCCAACCCGUGGAAGGAGAUGGGCACUGCACUGCCUGCCGUUCUUGUGAACCUCUCGAACUACUCGGGUCUUGUCAGUGACAAGAACCGGCUGGCGAACGUCAGUCACGAGUUCGGUGAGAUCGACUCAGAUCUGGAGAUGUUGUAUGACAAGGUGAAGGGGUUCUACUCGGUGCUGCACGAGCGGAUGAACGCCUCGGACGGCUUGGAGUUUUGCCCCUUCCGGUCGGAGCGCUCGAUCAAACGGUGCGUCUCCAUCGCGAUGUGCCUUCUGCAGUCUGCCGUUGGUACAGACAUCCCCAUGACAGCAUUUACAGCCUUGAUGGAGCAAGUUACCCGCUUCGACGACAUCACUUGGCCGCAGCUCAUGGCUCACUUGGGCCGAGAAGACCCGACUCACAACAAGGUCGGUGAGGCCGACAUGCCGCCAGAGUACCAGUGCGAUGAUGUGGAGGCAGUGAAUCCGGCAGCAAGCGUUCGGAAGGCGUCAAUGCUGCAGAUGGAGUCACACCAUGCACAAGGGUCUUCGACCGAAACGAUCUUGGCGAUGUCUGCUGCUUUUCGGCAAGCUGCAGCUGACACACAUCGGAUCCUGGAUGCUCAUGGAGCAAAUACCUCCAUGGAGCUCACGGCACAUUACCUGCAACGCACCUGGCACCCGGUGUGCCAAAAGUUGGGCUGCGAUGCAUCGAACAUGCACGACGUGUUUGUGGCAUCGCACAAGCAGACCAUGGCGCUCUUCCAGACAAACGCGGUGGCACACGUGCGACAUGAGAUCCGGCAGCGUGUCAAGAUGGAUCUGCGAGUGCAGCGCUUCAUUGCCGAGCAUGGGCAUCGAGGCGAGCUCUCCUUCUACCGACCGGCGCUCACGUCCUCGGAGGCUGCCGCGCGCGUCUACGGAGAGAAGGGCCGAGACGGUGUGCUCGGUGUGGUUCUGCCGACAGUGAAAGGCCUUGCCAUACAUGACGAGAGCCGAGUCUUACGGCUUUUCGACAUGGUAGAGUUCGAGAAGUUCCGUCGGCAGCUGGAGCUUGAGGAGGAUGCGGAGCAGCAGGAGGAAGAGGAGGACCUUCACAGUGAAAGCGUGGACAGUGUGGCGGCGGCUCUUGGCUCGUUGGAAGACGACGAAGAGGAGCAAGAGCACCACGAAGAGCAUGAGGACGGCGCGGACAGCGAGGAAGAGGAGCGCGAACUCCAUGAAGAUGAAGAUGAUGAAGAUGAAGAGCCCGCGGCUUCCGAAGAGGACGAGGAAGAGCCAGGUGAGAAGAUGCUUGCCACGCAGCACACCAAGGACGUCAGACCUUCGGAGAUGGCACUAGUGGAGACCUCCGGCGAGCUUGAGCUUGCAGAGGAUGAAGAGGUCCAGAAGAGCGGCAGACGCAGAAGGCGGCGGCGACGACGGCGAAGACGCAGACGCAGACGCAGACGCCGCAGAAGGCGUUGGCUCCGACGACGCAGACGUCGCUGGUUGAGAAAGAUCUUCAAAGCAGUGGUGCAGGCCAUCGUCAAAUGGGCCAAGAAGUUCUUUGAGUGCUUCGGCCAGUACUCCAAGUGGGAUGCAGUUGGAUACACCAAGUCCUUCGGAGGCAACUUUGGACUCAGCUUCGGCUUUUCCGGUGGACAUAGCGGCAGCAUCCAGGAGCUCGUCAAAGGAAACGCAAUCACCAGCGGCUGGGUCAGUAUAAGCAUGGGCUUGAGCGCCGGCACAGCAGGUGAGUGGUGGUGGGCCGGCGUUGGCCUGAGCGGCUCCGUGAGCUGCAGCACCGGCGGAUCGUGCUCACUCGGCAUCUCAGUCGGGGCCAUCGGCUGUGGCUGGUGGGACGUUGGGAUCAAUCCUGCGUGUCCCUUCGAUCUCAGCUGGUUGGGUGUGAAGUGCCAAGGGUCGAAGGGUGGCACCUUCCUGGUCACAUGCUGCGGCGUAGAUUUGGUUACCGGGAAGCACAACUGCCGCUGA